AAAGAGAACAAGGUCAAGCUGUUGGAUGUAAGCGGAAAGGAGACGAAAUCCAGGGUGCUGAAUGUAAGAGGAAAAGACAAGAGAUGAACUGGGUCACCCUGAACCAGCAGGACAUUAAGUGGUUAGCCUGUGCUCAGCUGCAGUUGGACCCUUUGGCUGGGGAUGAAGCUCCUGCAGCGGCGCCUCAGCCGCAGACAUCAUAUGUUAAAAAGCCAGCGAACGCCUUCAUGAUCUUCAGGAGGGAGGAGAAAGACCGCAUCAUGGCACAGCAUAAAUGCAAAGAUAGCUGCCACGUGAAUAAGAUUCUGGGAGAGCUGUGGAAAAAUAUGACACGGGAGGAAAAAUCCAGAUACUUUGAAAAGGCCAAAGCAGAAAAGCUCCUCCACUCCCAGCUGCACCCCCACUGGACGUUCAAAGACAGCUACGGUAAGAAGACAAAGAAGAAGAAGAACAGGACCACCGAGCCACCCAGCAGGCUGUAAGGCAGCGGUGCCCAAAGUGUUCCAGAAAGGGCCAAGAGGGGGCAGGUUUUCUUUGCAGCCACUGACUCCAGCAGAUGAUUUCACUAAUGAAUUCAUCCCAUCUGCUCAAAGUGAUGUUCAUCUAUGAAAAGCGUCUCUGAAACAAUAAAGUGCCAUUUUUGGCACCACAUUGGCCCCUCUGAAGCUCAACAUGGAAAUUAUACAGUAUUCUUCCUCUCUAAUUCAUUUUUUGUU